CUAUUACAGUCUACCUCCCGGUCCAUUUCCUUUGCCAAUAAUAGGCAAUAUUUUAUCAUUUCGAUCUAAACAUCAUUGGGAUGACAUAUUCAGACAAAUGUCUAAAAAAUAUGGACCGGUCUUUACAUUUCAUAUGUUUAAYAAACCGCAGAUCGUUAUCACUGACGCUGACAUUGCAAGAGAUAUAUUGAGAAAAAACGAUUUUGCCGGACGACCGGAAAGUUAUUUCGGAAGUUUAUUAUCAAAUGAAAAAUUUUCUGAUGUCGUGUUCACCGAUUACGGUCAUACAUGGGAAGCACUGAGACGUGUAGCGCACGCGGCCGUACAAAAAUACUCAAUAAAUGAACGGCUGGUAAACGUUGCCAUCGAUUCUGUGGACAAAACAGUGAAAACAAUGUUAGAAACGGAAGGUCCGGAUAAACCUAUCAAACCAUUUGAUUACAUAUAUCUCAUGUUUCUAAACAUUUUGGCGAACAGUACUUUCGGAGAAAACUAUGACAUGAAUGAUCCAGAAUUUAAAUCACUUAAGUAUAUGUUACGUGAUUUUGGUCAGGAAGUGGGAUCCCAUUUCUUGUUGUGGGAGUUCUCACCACUAAUACGAUUAUUGGACAACAAGUUGGUCACCAAACAGAGGAAAUUAUUUGAAAAUUCAACAAAACUAAUGGUCAAUAAGUUUCAAAAUCAUAUCAAAAGUUACGAUCCGAGUAUUGAACGCGACUUUUGUGAUGCACUCAUUUCGGCUAAAAAUGAUGCGCUCCGGGAGGGAAAAGAGUCGGCACCCUAUCUGACUGAUAUUAAUUUGGCGAUGACUUUAUUUGACCUAUUUUUUGCCGGCACUGACACAUCUCAGCAAACAUUUCAAUGGCUGCUAUUAUUGUUGUCUUAUUAUCCAAAUAUACAGAAGAAAUUAAAAGAAGAAAUUGAGUCCCAAAUCGGUGACCGAAUGCCAACACAUGAGGACAGACAGCGAUGUCAUUAUGUGAUGGCAUUUAUAUCGGAAACUUUAAGAUACAGAAAUGUCGUUCCUUCUGGUGUUCCUCACAGUGCUGUAGUUAACAGUAAAAUAGGUGAUUAUACUAUUCCUAAAGGUAUGUCAUUAAUAAUCUACCAGGGUAUUGUAUUGAGAAAUGAUGACAACAAAUAYUGGACUAAAGGCCAGGAYUUCAUACCCGAGCGUUUCCUYGACAGUGACGGACACUAUAUGACAACCCGUUCGCCGGCAUUCAUACCUUUCGGUGUGGGACGWCGUGUAUGUUUGGGCGAGAAGUUAGCCAUCGCUGAUCUGUUUCUUGUUUUGGUCCGAUUUUUACAAUCAACUCAAUUAUAUGAUAUUGUUUUAGACACACAUAAUGGCAUUGAAGCCAAUCCUGAAAUAGCUGAUGCAUUUCAUCCCUAUGAUUAUACAAUUAUCUUAAUAUURGGUUUUGUAGUCUACAAAAUAACAAAGUUUUAUCACCAAUAUUACUGUUUACCUCCCGGUCCAUUCCCAUUSCCUAUUAUUGGCAAUAUGUUAUCUUUCAAGUCUAAACUCCAUUGGGAUGACAUUAUGAGAAAAAUGUCAAAAAAAUAUGGACCGGUAUUUACUUUACAUAUUGGUAACACUCCUCAAGUGUUGAUAACUGAUGCGGACAUCGCUAKAGAAGCGUUUCGUAAAAAUGAUUUUGCGGGAAGACCUAAAAGCAGUUUAUUAGCUAAUGAUGUGGUAAUGGCUGAUUACGGACCCAAUUGGGAAGCGCUUAGACGUGUUGCUCACGCGGCCGCUAAAAAAUAUUCAAACAAUGAGCRAUUGAUUAAURUAGCCAUUGAUUGUGUGGAUAAAACAGUACAAACUAUGUUGAAAACAGAGGGUCCAAACAAACCUAUACAACCAUUUACUUACAUAUAUCUGACAUUUCUAAAUAUUUUGGCUAAUAGUGCUUUCAAUGAAAAGAUUAUCGAGUUUAAAAAAUUUAAAUAUGUUAUGAAAGAUAUAUUUGAUGAAUCGGGAUCACGAUUUUUUUUGUGGGAAUUUUCAAAACUAAUGCAAUGGAUUGACUAUAAAAUGGUUAACAAAAUGAAUAAAGCGUUUGAUGAGAUGAGAGAUAUUAUGAUUGAAAAGUUUAAAAAUCAUUAUAAAGAUUACAAUCCAAGUAUUGAACGAGAUUUUUGUGAUGCACUGAUUGCGGCAAAAAAUGAUGCGCUCCGGGAGGGCAAGGAAUCGGCACCGUAUCUAACGGAUGAUAAACUUGGAAUGASUGUGUUUGACAUGUUUUUUGCCGGAAUAGAUACUUCGCAAAAUACAUUUCAAUGGAUAUUAUUGUUUUUGUCUUAUUAUCCAAAUAUGCAAAAUAGAUUACGAGAAGAAAUUGAGACUCAAAUCGGUGACCGAAUACCAACACAUGAGGACAGACARCGAUGUCAUUAUGURAUGGCAUUUAUUGCCGAAACUUURAGAUUCCGAAAUAUAGUUGCAUUUGGUUUACCGCACAGGACUAUAGUUAGUAGUAAAAUAUGYGACUAUACAAUACCAGAAAAUAUGCCGGUGUUUGUAUAUCAGGGAAUUGUUUUGAGAAAUGAUGACAACAAAUAUUGGACUAAAGCUAAUGACUUCAUACCCGAGCGCUUUCUCGACAGUGACGGACAUUAUAUGACAACCCGUUCGCCGGCAUUCAUACCUUUCGGUGUGGGACGWCGUGUAUGUUUGGGCGAGAAGUUAGCCAUCGCUGACCUGUUUCUUGUUUUGGUCCGAUUUCUACAAUCGACACAAAACUAUGACAUUGUUUUGGACAGUCAUAAUGCYUUUAGAUCUAAACAUCAUUGGGAUGACAUUGUAAGAAAAAUGGCCAAAAAAUAUGGUCCGGUAUUUACCUUACAUUUGGGAAACAGUCCACAAAUUAUGAUUACUGAUGCAGUCAUAGCUAGAGAAGCUUUUCGUAAAAAUGAUUUUGCGGGAAGACCUGACAGUUAUUUUGGAAAAGCAUUUAAAAAUGAUAUMGUUUUUGCCGAUUACGGCCAUCAAUGGGAAGCACUGAGACGUGUGGCACACGCGGCCGUACAAAAAUACUCAACUAAUGAACGAUUAGUUAACGUAGCGGUCGAUUGUGUGGAYAAAACAGUGAAAACAAUGUUGGAAAGGGAGGGUCCAAACAAACCUAUCGAUCCAUUGAAUUACAUAUAUCUAACGUUUCUUAAUAUUUUGGCAAAUAGUAGUUUCGGACAAAACUAUAAUAUUGAUGACCCGGAGUUUAAACAAUUAAAAUAUGUAUUAAAAGAUUCAAACGAAGAAUUUGGUCCACGAGUGCUGUUAUGGGAGUUCUCACCAAUAGUUCGAUGGAUUGAUAGAAAAAACGUGACAAUUAGUGAGAAAAUUUUUGAUGAUUUAAAAGAUCUAUUGAUUGAUAAAUAUAGAUCACAUUAUAAGGAUUACGAUUCAAAUAUUGAAAGAGACUUUUGUGAUGCACUCAUAACUGCUAAAAAUGAUGCGCUUCGGGAGGGAAAAGAGUCGACACCCUUUCUGACCGAUGAAAAUCUAGCGAUGGCUUUAUUGGAUCUAUUAUUAUCCUAUUAUCCAUCGAUGCAAAAACAGUUACGACAAGAGAUUGAGUCAAUAAUUGGUGACCGAAUGCCGACACAUGAGGACAGACAACGAUGUCAUUAUGUGAUGGCAUUUAUUGCCGAAACUUUGAGAUUCAGAAAUGUUGUGCCGAGCGGUGUCUUUCAUAAAGCAAUAGUCACGAGUAAAAUAGGAGACUAUACAAUACCAGAAGGUAUGUCUGUGUUUGCAUAYCARGGAUUUAUUUUACGAGACAACAAAUAUUGGGAAAAUAGUGACACUUUCAUACCCGAGCGCUUCAUCGACAGUGACGGUCAAUAUAUGACAACCCGUUCGCCGGCAUUCAUACCUUUCGGUGUGGGACGACGUGUAUGUUUAGGCGAAAAGUUAGCCAUCACUGACCUGUUUCUUGUUUUGGUCCGAUUUUUACAAUCGACACAAAACUAUGACAUUGUUUUGGACAGUCAUAAUGGUUUGGAUGGCGAUCCCAAUAGUUCUCUCGAUUGUUGUCUCCAAUCAAUAGCCAAUCAUUUAUAUCUUAUUUAUCCAAACAAUGGACAGUCCAUUCAAAACCCAACUCUUGAAUUGGAUCCAAUGUGA